GCUGCAAGAUUAAGGAAACUGCAUGUACAAAAGAAUAAAAUUCACUAUAAUGAAAGGUCUAUUAUAACGAUAAUGAAAGACACUUAUUAAAAUUGCUUAUUAAAACUGCAAACUGAAUUCGAGAUGUUCAUUUAUGUGGUAAACACAAUGCUCGCCACGAUGCGUACGCGGUAUGAGUUUCCAUUGGCAUACCAUGAUGGUGAUUCCAGUAAAUACCUUCUUUUAAUGAAAAGCACGAUCCAUAUCGAGUCCACUAUGUCCGAUUCAAACUGUAUUUACACGCGGAUUAUUGGCAAUUCUGCUGUUACAACACCGCCGGAUGCGUGUUGCUUUUUACAAGCGAGAAAUUAGGCUGAAGGGAAAUAACCAAGGUCGUAACAAGCUAUCAUUUGAUAAUAUAGAAAAGUACAAUAGGGGAGAGUUGCCGAAUGCAUACCAAUUAAAUUACUUUUUAUUACAUAUCUCAUUUGGUAUUGUUUCGUGCGUAAAUAAACGUUAGAAAUUGUGGCUUGAUGUUUUCCAGAUCCCUCUAUUACUACAUAUUUUUACCUAACACAACAAUAACAAAUUAAUCUAUUAUAAAAAUUGCUACAUGUUGCAAAAAGUAUGAUUUAGACAAUCGAUUACUUAAAUUAUGCCUGUGAGUCUCUUAAAUCGUAUCGCUUCACAAAGUAUGUUGCAAAGCAUUACAUUAUUUAGAAUAUAGAAGUGAACAAAAAACGAAAUAAUGCUCGAAGACUAAAAGUAUUUGUUUUUUUAGCGAACCGUUUGGUUUUAUGCUCGGUUUAAUAUGCUCGGUGAUAAUUUCUGUGGAUGGGAAAAUGUGCGGCCGAAACGGCAAAACGACCGUAAAUUCGCCGAACAUCCGGGAAAUAGUCGCGGCUGACUGCUCCGCCACGAAUCGGCAAUUUUGCGGGCCACGUUCUGCCUGUUCUGCGUGUUUGCGUCAUUAGUCUAAAAGCGUCGCAGGGAUCCGGGACUUACCGCGCGCCGCGCCGACGUAGUAAGACAUUACGACCAGCCAGCCAGCCAUCCAGCACCCCUAUUCGGUAUAAUUUCCACCCCCUCCUGCCGUUCUCGGCACCCCUCGUUCCCGAAAACGGUUCUCAUCGCGAAGGGGUGCGUCCCAUCCCUCGCUAUCUCGGUUUCUCACUACCAUCCUCGCCGUCGUCAUCAUCGUCGUCGUCGUCGUCGUCGUCUCCGUAUCUCUCCCUCCUACCUACCUCCCUGCUGUCUCCCGCCUCCUCCUGAUAAUUAAUUUUACGUAUCCAGUUUACAAGCGGACGAAGUGGCGCGUAAUCAGAUUUCGUACCCGAGAUUGGUAGAGAUUGCUCGCGCAAGUCUGUCGACGUCACCGGCUCUUCGCUUCGCUGAGGAAUGACGCGCACGCCUCAACGACUCGCCGCAAAGGCACGGAGCACAUCCAGAACGCGAUAGUCUCGGAGAGGUGAUAAUAUCCAGCGAAAUAGGAAAUAUCUCGGUCUCAUGCGUCGUGAAAAUCAGUAUUUGUUCACGUUACGUUUUCGUCUAUCUUGACACGAUUCUUUAAAUCCAAGCUGUUAGAUAAAAUAUUACAAUAAAGUAGCUAAGAUAAAAUUCAAUCAAGCGCAGAAUAAAUUAAUAAAUUAACAAGUUUAAAUUAAUAAAUUGGGUCGCGUGGAAAAACUAUGAAAGAAAUCGAUAAAUGUUAUUAUUAGUUCAAAUAAUCACUGCUGAUAAUAGAGAAAGCAUCAUAUAAAUAUUUUUGUUUCAAUGUUUGAAACUUUAUAAUAAUUUUCUUUUAUUAAAAAAAAAUCCCCUAAGAAUACUUUGCCAUAAAGAUAUAUUCUACGAAUAUAUUUCCAAUACGGUCUUCUUUCGAUAAAUGUUCUGUCUUUAUUAUCAUUGUUAUAAUUGCUAUCUUUCCCAUUGUUAUUAAUCGAUUAGCGGAAAUUUCUUUAUCGAUAAAGUGAUAAAAACCGAUAAUUAGUAAAAGAUUAUUAUUAUUAUCAUGAGAAAUAUAGAAAAUCAGAUAUUGUUGAUUUGCAUAAUCCCAACGCGCUCAUUUUAAGACAUCGUCUCCGCGUAAAUUUUUCGAGCAGUAAUUAAGAGUGACAGCUCUCACCGGAGGUAUGUGCGAACCGGUAACCGUGGCUGAUCUUGAUAACAGUCGAAAGUUCUUAAGUGACAAAGUUUCGGAUACUUAGUGCAGAAAUAACGUCCGUUUUCCCGGCGACUUCAUCCACCUAUCCUCGUGCCGCGUUUAAUUACGAAAUUUCGUAAUCUUGACCCAUUCGUCGUGGGAUGUUCCUGGUGUGUAUCUCGCCGAAAAUAACAGCGAUUCGUUACAUUGGCGGAGGAGGAGCGAAUUUCUCACUCCGUACCGAGCAUCGUAAACGUUGAAACAUCGCCCGAGUCCCCGUACUUUUCUCGAAUCAUAAACAUCUUAAUGAAUUCCAAACAUUUCGAAAUCCGCAGCGCGCACGUCGAAUCGAGAUUCUUAUCUCGCGCCCGCCCAAGGAACGUCAUUUCGCUUCUCUAUUUGCGUUUCAUUUCCACCGACGCUGACAAACAGGCUUCUUCCUUUGUGCCGCGGUGUGGAACCAGUUAUUCGCCAGCCGGAGUCCGCAAAUGUUUUCCGUGCACGCGACCACCAUUCGAAGAAAGCGUCGCGAAAUCGUUGGCCGUUCAAUCAAUCGUCGACUGCACUUUCCGGUGGCCGCGAGAACAAUUCCCAUCCGCGGCUAUCGUCCCCCCACGGUAUCUCGAUAAGUGGGUUGUGUCUCCGAAAGCGCGGAGAGUGUAGGAUGGUGUGCGGUGUGCGGGAGGAGAACGCUUUGUGAGCGGUAACGCAGUUACCGUGCACUUUGCCGCGAUAACUUCGUUCCGGCGUUCGUCGGUUCCCACGGUCGCCUGGCGUCCAAUGGUCUCCUUUCCAUGGCCACUCCGCCGAAGAUAUUGCCCGGCCAAACUAGCCAAUGUGUGCCGUCAUCCGGUCAACUCGCACUGUCUUGCCCGCCGCCACCAAGCCAUAACGCACACGCUUCGGCUGUUUCUCGAAUACCCGUGAUCGUUCCCGGCCAACUUUAACUCAUCGCGUCGUAAACGAACCUCGCGUUACGAUACAUGCGACAUUCGAUAUCGUUGCUGUGACGAAAUUCAAUUACUCAAAAGCUUUUUUUAUUUGCCUACCUUGAAAUUUAAUGUCAGGCACAUUUAACACUUUCGAUUAAAACAUUCUCGUAACAUCAGUACAUCGUUAGUCUAAUAGUAACGUAUAAUUACGUACGUUUUCAUGAAUGUAAUAUUGACAUAUUACGUGUAUAUGCCAUUGGUAACUUCUAUUAAAGUCAUUAAGGUUAUAUGUAUAUGUCCAACAAUUAUUCAUUGUUACAACGUUUGAUUUCCAUGGUCAUCUCAUUAGCAAUUAUGGAUGUGUCUAAUAACUGUCAUUAAGUUUUACAAGCGAUAAAUAUCCCAUGACGAGGGAAACCUGCGAAUUCAUAAAUUUUCCAGAGCACGGCUGAUUCGUCAAUUAGGGAAGGAUUAUCCCUCGCUUAUUGACAACAAAUUCUCGUGCGAUUUCCUCUCUACUGGUCCCUGUAUUAUUAACAUUUAUGCUAGGCGAAUCAAGGUCGCAAACCCUCUCGCGCAUCCCGGCAAUGGCGAUCCAUCAAAUCGUCGUAAACCGUAACAGGAAGCGCUGAUUAACUGAUAGCCGUCUGUUUCGGCUUCGAACACAAACGCGUUUGCGCGAGCAGAGGUACUCACGCACUCGCCUCAUCCGAUUUAUCCAUUAUGCGCCUAAAUCAUCUCUAACGCCGGCCCGCUAACGCUAUAGAUCAUAUCGUUCGGUUUCCUGACUCCACGUCGGCAUCCCUGUCAGCGGCAGCGGACGAGGCGUGGAUAUUGUCGAAGCACGAUGAUGCUUCUCUCUUUCUCUCUCUUUAUUAUCCUCCCUCCUUCCCCCUUCUCUCUCUCUCCCCGUCUCGCUUCCUCUCGGCGAACAAGAGUGCCUCCCUUUCCUCUUCGACAUCGCGUCGACACUGGUUGGCCGACAGGGUCUUCGGCUUCGGCAGGCAGUUCGGUCCGGUAGUUGCUUACAUUACCAUACGAAUGGUCGAUCGAUCCAAGACCUCGUACCACCUAGCCAGCCAGCCGCUGCCGUCGGUGCGCUCGCACGAGGAGUACUGACACGUAGUUCGACGUAGCCGUAGCGGCACGUACACGCCACGUAUACGCCACGGGCGUGCAUACGUGACGAUGCAUGUAGGGUACUUUCGCGUGUGUGCACAGCCGCGUGAAUGUAUACGUACACAAAAGGCGUAUGCAUGCACAACGCAUACGUGCACACAAAACGCAUAUGCCGAUUAGGGCAGGGAAGGACUACGGCGACGUAUCGUGAUGCAGUGGACGUGGACGCGAGCUACGGAUGUCAAGACGCACAGUAUCGCCGCCGUAGUAACACGGAGCCAGCGAAUCGGUUGAGUCGUCGACGACCGCGACCGGUACUUAGGGCACAACCCCUCCUGUACACAGCCGUCCCGGAAUGUACACCGAUCGUUAAUCACCGUUAUUGUCGCUAAACUCUAGCGCCCCGGACCCUCCCCCGACUCUUCCCGGAAGGGCUACAUUCCGGGCUACACCCGCGGGAUAUUAUUCCGUGCCCGAGAUAGUGCCGACGAUCCUACCGCGAAUCUUGAUCCAACCAGCCAACCAGAUAACAAUAGCAGCGCGGGGUCUCGGAGGUACGGUUUAUCGUAUCGCGAAGACGCUACACUGAGUAGGUGCUUUAUCUCUUGGUAAUAUAUCAAUAUUCCAGUAGGUCUGUAAGCGACACGUAUGCGCCCAGGAAAUCCCGCGCAAAUUGCAAACUCGCGAAAUAUUUGCACGAAUGUAAAUACGUUCCGCUCUUUUUUUUUUUUAUAAAUCGACAAAAACUUUGCUUUGGUUGAUCCAAUCGCGAAACAUUUACUCGCUCCUUUUUUUUAUCCAAGUUAUUAAAAUAGAAAAAUUUUUUUUUCGCCCACGGUAUCACAGAAUGCGGCAAAGUGAAGCUGAACGUUAAUCGAAAACACGCUGUAAAAGCUUCCGCCUGCCAAUUCGCUCACAAAGACGACAGUAACAGAAAACGUGUGCGCAUUGCAAGAGAUACAUCGCUUACAUUCGUUCCCGAGAUACCCUCGCGAGGCGCACGUUGAAUCUUAAGGCACGCGCCAUUACUGCGAACGAAUCUUUUUGACGCAGCGAAAGUCCCGCAUCAAGAUUCCAUUCAAAGAAGCGCCUCGCGUUUUAUCCAUCCAUCAGCCCCUCGAGGAUGCGAGGGCGAGUGAGGAGGGGAAGCGUCGGCGCAAGAAACUGUAGAUUUUCGUAUACGCCAACGAAACGGCUUCGGAUUUCCGUCAGUAGUCUCGCUCGCAAAUUUGCCUCGAAGAUCGCCCUUCCUCUCUCCUCCCUUGUGGGAGAGAGGACUCGAGUAUUGGCCGUUCGCGAUAUUAUUCGUUCGUAUUUUUUGUACCGUACGGAAGAGGGAUGCCGAUCGAUCGACCGAGUGGCUCGUCUCAGAAGGUAAAAGGAGAACGGCAGACGAGUACACUCUAAAUUUUUUGGAGUGAAAUACGUCACUCUUUGCUGGAGUGAAUAGCAUAUCACUCCAAAUAGAGUGAUUUUUCACUCUUACGGAGUGAAUGAGUUCACUCUUUGCAAUGGAGUGAACAAACUCACUCCUACUGUAAGAGUGAUUUAAAUGGUCUAUCAACAUUCACUCCUAAAGAGUGACAUUUCAGUCUAAUAAGAGUGACUGAUUCUGCGGAAGAACCAGCGACAGGGGGCGCGGCGCUUCGCAGUCUGUUUUUAUUCUUCAUCGCCACGUAACAUCGGCAUCGAUUUAUAUUUAUGUUGUGUAUGUGGAAUUAUAUUUGAGAUAAACGAACGUUUCUCUUGUAUCUCUCUAUAUAGCUUCUGUACUCUAAUAGCGCUCUGUACGAACCAUCAAUACGAAGUUUCUAUCGUAUAUGAAGCAGUUGUACAUCAUUCGUUAUAACUGUGUAUAUUAGAAGUAUGAAUUUUCCAGAGAAAUACAAUUUGCCAGCGGAAACUUUAAAUAAUCCUGCUAAACUAGCAGAAUAUUUAUGCAUGCAAGGGAUACAAAAAGAGGUGACAGAAAUAUUAGAGCGAGAAUGUGUUGAUGGUACAGCAUUCCUAUCAUUGACGGAAAAUGAUUUAAAAGAAUUACAAAUAAAGAUAGGCCCAAGAAAGAGGAUUUUAAACUUGAUAAAUAUAGCAAAUCCAGGCUUUAUUAUUAUUAAUAAUACAUUUGAGAAAGAUAGUGAAAUAAUACAGCAAGUUUCCAACAUUGAUGUAAUACCAGCAGAAAAUACCGAAGUAGAAGCUUCAACAAGUAAUUGCAAACUUCCAAAUGAUGCAUUUGCUAAUAGAGAGAAACAUAGUGUUCAGAAGUGCAAUAAUCAAGGAAGUAGAUUAAAUGUUCGCGAUUGGGUAAAAGCACAUGAUGCGAAACAAACAAGAAAAUCUUCUCUGUUACGUACGCUAGAUACUGGCAUAGUAGACAAUACAGCUCGUCAAGAGUUAAUAAGAAUAGUUUGCGCAGAAAUCGUCAAGAUCAGUAAUGACAUGUAUCCAUCCAGCGAUUUAAAAACUGAAUUGGCUAAAGAAAUAGUAACAGCAUUUCCAAAACUACGAUCGUCGCAAUCGACAGAAGGAUAUGAGCAUUUUUUUGACAAAAAGACCAACAGCGGCUUUAUUCAAUAUCGAUUGAAAACUAUGAGAGUAGGAUUAAGUCCUUCGAAUAAAAAAAGAUCAAAGACUUCGCCAUCGAACCGAGUAGAAAAUGCUAUGAAAAGGCAAAAAAAGGAUAUAAAUGAAAUAUAUCUUGAUGAAGAUAUGCUUAAUAUAAAGAUUUCGGAGCUUGUAUUAAAAAUGCCAACUGAACAAAAUAAACAAAUUAUCACUAUGUUAAUGGACGAAACAAGACCUAACAGGCAACAAAAAAUUAGAGAUUCUAAGUGCACAGUAGCGGAUAUUUUAAAGGAAUAUCCCAGAUUUAAAGAUUAUCAUGGUGAAUUGAUACACAGGGAAUUUAUUUCAAUGUUCCCCGGGAAAGAUAAAUUGUUGAAAAAAUUUCCAGAAUUUUACGCGUCUAGAAUUUUGCAGUUCUGUUCUAUAUAUAAACCCAAUUUAUUGGAGAAAAUUGCAGAUUUGGAUAAUGAUAAUUUAAAAGCUCUUGUUCUUCUGCCCGAAUUAUUACCAACACCAAAUUAUAUGAAAAAAAAAUUAUCUGAGAAAGAGAAUUUAAAACCUACAAAAAAAAAAUUAAAAUCGGCUGUAUGUAAUUUUGCAAGUAAAGAAAUCCCAAAUACAAAUUUACUGCGGUUCAUUCAUACAUCAGAAGAUUUAUUGUCUUAUAAUACAGACAAGAUAGAACAAAAAAAAUCAAAAAACGUACAGCCCUUUUUAAUAUGUAACAUGAUUGGUCAAAAAAAAAAAGGAAAUUUUUUUAUUCAGACGGAUGGACACUUAAUUUCAGUGAGCGAUGAUCCAAUGACAGCAUUUGAUAUUCUUGUCAAAUUUCAUUAUUGUUUUGACAUUCAUUUUGCAUCUGAUUUAAUUAAUUUUUAUGACUUCGUAACCGGGUGCAUUAUGAACUUAAAUGAACCACGUGCUUGUUGCACAGCGUUACACACAAGUUUAAAUAAUAUUGAUAAUCUUUUAACACCAACGCAAACUGUUGAUGAUAGCGAUGAGGAUAUAAGGUAUUUUUUAUAUACAAUAAUUAAUCUGAACUGCGCGCACACACACACACACACACACACACACACACACACACACACACACACACACACACACACACACAAAAUACUAAUAUAUUAAAUUAAGAUAAUUUUUUCAGUUAUGCAUCAAACAAUGAUGAAAAAGGCUCGUCAUCAGACAAUUAAAAACAUAAAAAUAAAUUUAAAAAUUUAUUUUGUUCUUUUAUAUAUUAUAUAUAUAUAUUCUUUUAUGUAUUGUUCAUGCAUAUAGUUCAUAUAAAACAUGUUUAAAUAUUAAAGUUAAAAAUAUAAAAGAUGUUAAUAUAAAAAAUUUGACUGCAUAAUUUUAUUUUUUCCUUUAAGAAAAAUUUAUUCCGUAUUUAUAAUAUAUAAAGGUUGAAUAAUUGAAUAGGUAAAUGCUAAAAGUGGUUAAAGUCAAAUUUUACACUUUUUUACUUUUUUGUAUAUGUUUUUUAUUAAAACAGUAUUUUUUAACAUAAAUGUUUCAAUAAAAAAUUUUAUACAAAAGUAAAAAAAUGCAACAUUUGACUCAACUACUUUUAGCAUUUACUUAGUCAAUUAUUCACUCCUUUCAAGAGAGUGAAAAUAUUCACUCCUCGUUAGAUUGAAAAUAAUUUCCCAAUUGGAGUGAAUUUUCACUCUCUAAGAGUGAAAAUUUCACUCUACUUAAGGAGUGAAUGAUUCACUCUCUCCUUGGACUGAAAAAUCACUCCUGUUGGACUGGCGCAAUUUUCACUUUCGUUAGGAGUGACAUUUCACUCUUUUAGAGUGAAAUUUCACUCCAAAAAAUUUAGAGUGUAAAAAGGGAAUACGAGUGGCCGAACUCUCUCUUUCUCUCUCUCUCUCUCUUUUUUCGCUCUCAUUCGAACGAGAGGCGGGAGAGUUCUAUCGGUGAGCAAAUAUAAAGGGAAACUUCACUGUGCAGCCAGGGUGGAAAAGGGUGAUACGUAUUCGAGGUCGACCAAUGAGACGGCUGUAGAAGGGAAUACAGUCGAUAUUAGGGAAACCGAAACUCCGGCGAGAAAAAAAAAAGUCAACCUAAAAUUUUCUGUCCACCCUUAUAACGUGAAACUUUGCCCAAAGACCAAUAGUCCUGCUCCUGAGGCGUGAGAAUAGAACGUUGGAAGCUCUUCUUGAAAAAUGAAACAAAAGGAACGCGUUUCUUCUGUCAAAUUUCACUUACAUCUGCGAUAUUGCUUUCGUUAUUUUCAAGAUGUGCAUAGGUAAUAGGUUUUCACUAUUUUAGUAGCUUUGAAAAAAGAAAAGCGUUUGCCUCGACGUGUUGAACCAUCGCCUGGCGGAUCCAUUUCGAAUCGAUUCUUGCCGGAAUGUAAAUAAAAGAAGGAGAAUAAAGUCUACUGAUAUUUGCUCGCGCUUUGUAAAUAUAUUUCUUUAAAUUGCCUUUAAAAAGGAAAAAAUUUACAGAAACAUAACCGGACGAGAACAUAAAAAGCUUACUGUGCGAUAUAUAAAUCCGAAUGAGAUCUAUAGCAGCAAUUUGCAGUCUUCUUCAUUACAAAAAUUCAUUAGCAAUGUCUUAUAUCAAUCCACACUCGAGUGCAAAUUAGAAGUAAACACUUCCAUCAUCACGCAAUUAGUUAAACCUUUAGGCAACACAUUUAUAAAGCUUAAAUAUAGGUUUCGAUAAAACAAUAAUACACGUAGAAAUUAUUAUUUCUCUCUGGUGCAUCGAAAGCAUGAAAAUUGUAAAACAAAUACGCGGGAUCUUCACGUUGGCGGGUUGGCUCUGCCAAUUCCGACGGUUUUAAAGUCUCGGGCACAUUGAACAUGUUGUCUGAAUAGACAUCCCGUCAAAGGUACUCGACCUUAUUGCCUCUCGUAGAAUAUGAGCUCCUCGGGGUUUUGAAUCUUGUAACUCGCGGUAGAGCGCGAUGAUGCAGGAAGUGCAUUAGGCAAGGUUCCAUCUAAGAGAUCCCACUUGAAGAGUUUGGUAUAUCCCGCCAGGACGCGGCGCCGACGUUUAUGGUGCGGAGCAGGUGGAGGGAGAUGAAGGUUGGGGGCCGCAUAGUCUUCGCCUCGAUACAACGCGCGAUACAUGGCGCCAUUGCGAGAGAGGAGGAGGGGUGCCCGGGCGCGCUUUCGAGGGCGUGUCUGCGGGUUGCAGUGUGGGAAGAUGUUGCCGCGUAAGGGAUGUAAAUGCACGGGGGAUACCCCCUGGGCUUUGGAGGCGCAUUCGCGAUGCAUUCGAUGCACGCGUUAAAGCGUCGUAGAGCGGACGCGCGCGCGCGCGCGCGCACGCGGACGGGCGUUUUAUUUGCGGAUACUUGCCGCGUUUCCGCGCGAAAUCGCCGGCAAAAACGCCGGAAACUCGCCGCGGCCAUUACGCUCAUCUACUCUGAUAGGUCUUUAAGCAUGCGCGACUCGCCGCAUUUGUAGCCCUCAAAAUGGUAUCACAUGUGUGGCAAAGUAUCUUUUUAUGCACUCCGCGUCACUUAGCGCGGUAGCACGUUUCACCCGUCUCCCCCUUUUUCGUUUUUAUAUACAUUUAUUUAGAACAUAUUAAACUUUUAGUAUAAAAAUUUGCAAGCGAAUAAUUGAAAAAGCCCAUGUAUAAAUGUUACGAAAAUAUUACACAUGCAAUGUGCGGAGCGUAAUAACGGUAUUUAAAAAAAAGAGAGAUGCGUUUUUUUUUUUUUUAACAAAAUAUGCAUAUAUUUCGGAGAUGUUUCAAAGGAUUGUCAUAAUAUUUAUACGCAGUUUUUUUUCCAAUUAUUUUCCGCGAGUUUUUUGCUUCGAAAUAACUUUUUGAACAAAUAUUUCGUCACAAACUGUUGAAUUGGAAAUGCGUGUAUGUAAUUACAAGACAAACCCAAACGUUCAUUGUUUCGCAUAUCAAAAAAGAAUUUUCGUGAACGCUCGUAUUCGCGUUUUCCAGUUAUCUAGCCGCAGGUGCUAUCCCUGCCGUCCCCAGAGAGAAGAGGGGAGCGGGGAAAGAGGGGAAUCUUGAAGGCAGUUACAUCCCGGGGGAUUUCGGGCGAGUUAGCGGAUAGCGGUACAAUCUCCAUUAGCGAUUUCUCAGGACGCGCAUAGUCAUUUCCCGUAGGUGGCCGCCCUCCCCUACGUUCGUUCGCGCACAUACAUUGGCCUUUACCGAGUUGGAAGGUUGCCUCCUCAUUGUGAUCGUUAUCCAAAGGAUCCUCGAUUACCUCGCCGGCGGAUCGGACUCUGACCAGAGUUAGGUGUUUCGCGGUCGUUAAGGUAAUUUGGGCUAUGAUAUGUCCUGAAACGGUUCGCCGGAUUUGACCCUCCUAUCGCGGAUGCGCAGGCGAGCCAGGCCUGCCUCUAUCGCUUCCGGUCGGCCAUCGAGCGAUCGUCUUCACCCAAUUAGCUAAUGCGUCAGGUGAAAAUAUAUUUGAAGGGAAAACAUAAGUGCAUCCGGUGGACGACGGUUUCCUUGACGGAUGUGGCUUAAUUACGUCGGAGCUAUCGUUUACAUUGGUUUAUUCCGCCGGCGUGCAUUGAUGCAUAAACGAUCCAAGUCCUUCAGUUAUGUUUUUAUUAUGGACUUGUGGACUUUGAGUUAUAUAAGUUUAAUCGUAUUUAUUACUUAAUUAUUAUUUUUUUUAAUUAUUCAUUUUUCGACAACAUGUCGUCACGAUAAAAAAAAAACACUCAACUUUCAAUAGCGCGGAUUGCUAAAUAUUCCACUUAAAAUUUCUCGAAUUCUAAAUUCAUCGUUGUCUGUCGUAAAUAGUUUAUCGAAAAUGUUAUUUAACUCUGAGACUUUUGAUGCCUCGCACGCAGGGAAAUUUGUGUGGUAAGAAAGCCGUAGGAAAAUUUUUUACAAACAGUUAUCGCGCCGGUACCGCCGAAGUAAAGGGCCGUACGGAAGGGCAAAGUCGUGGCCUAUCGCGGCAUCUACGGUUAAGUACAAGUUUCGCAAUAAACUUCGCGAACCUUUACCAUGCCCGAUAAUGUACUCGGCUUCCAAGGUGCUCGCACUUUGGAACAUGCGAACAGAAGAGCAUGGAGGAGAAAAAAAGAGGAAGAAAGAGAGAGAGAGAGAGAGAGAAAAGAUAUCGACGGCGGCUAGCAAAUGCGCGGGAUAUGAGAAAAGUUAAGGAAAAAUAUGAAUUUACGAUUUUGCUCUCGCUAGAACAUAUAUCGUAGAACGCGAGGAGAGGCGGAGGAGAAGAGUAGAUUUUAUACUUCGCAUUGUUCGCGCACAAAACCCGCUUUAUAGGCUCGUCCCCAUGGCUCUUAUUAUCGUGAACUCACUAUCUUUCGCUCUCGCCUCGGUCGAUGUGAUAGAAAGGAUAGGGCGUGAGUUUCAAGGACUUGCCCUCCUUCUUUCCCUAUCCGCCUUUCCACUUCCUUCUCUAUCUCCUUGCUUCGGCCGAGGCGCUCGUGCUUUCCUCCCUUACCUUUCCUCGUUUCGACUCGAGAAGUAUUUGUUCGGUGAACGUUCCGCGAACGAUUUAAUUAAUCCGUGAAAAGCGCAGUCCUCCGUCGCCGUUAGCCUGUGGGCUGAGCAGUUACGGCCAAGAAAGGAAAAUAAUUACCGUUACCGAGCGUUUCUACCCCUCUUCUACACUUUAUUCUACAUUUUAUCCACAUUUAACGGGAAGGCGAGCGCGCGCCCUCAGGAGAACUCUCACUCUCUCUUUUCCUCUUUUCCAUUCUCGAAACGCUACUCUCUUCCCUUCUUCUUUCCGUAUCGAUGGAAAUGUUAACUGAUAUCGUCGUUUGCACAGAUUACCGUCGAACAGGUAUCCGGAAAUUGUGAGAAUUCAGGACCAAUAGCCAAUAUUUUCGAGAGUAACUCAGAAGAUAUUUAUAUACGGCGCUUUCAUUUCGUUCGAUAAAAACGUCUUUAUCGAGCCGCGACGCGCCCUCAAGAAGGAUUCUUCUUACGUUCCGGAUCUUCGUUCCGCCUCUCAAAUAAAUUUUUAUUGUUCUUUUACCUUCUGUAUUUUCUGCAGAAUCGAGUCCCUAAUGAAAUAACGCGUGCUCCAUUCGCGUCGAACACCUUCGAGAUAUCGUCCUUUCUCCAAGUUUUACGCGUCAAACGAAUAGAGUUACUCAAGGAAGCAUUAUGCUUUCCGGUAUCGCGCCUCCACACAUAUCUAAACUUAUCCGCAUGAGCACUUUCCGGAAUACAUAAGCGCGACGUCGGAGUCGUUCUAAGUGCGCUCCCCGCGACUAAUCUCGUUUAUCAGCCUGCGAAAUAAUUCACACGCUGCGGUUCGUCGAGCUACCAGUAAUAGGGCCAUCGGAAAGAUCGACAUUUCGAUUAUUACCAGUCGAUAUAUUAUUUUUAACGAUGUAUCUUUAUCAGACUAGACUGUCGAACAUCUUACGUCUUUUAUUGGAAGCUUUAAGUUAGAAUUUUAUAUCAGACUUUUUCGAGUAAAAUAUACGUGCCAUAUAAAAUAUUCGUCUUUCCGUUCUUAAAUUAAACGAGAAGUUUUUUGCAAAUUUUAUACCGAUGUAGGGUGUUUGUGUGUGCGUGCGUGUGUAAAUCCUUUUCAUUAUCUUUCCCAUAAAUCCAGCAUAUUUAAAAAAUAUAUAAUAAAUAUAAUAAAUAUACAAUGAAAAAGCGAGCGUAAGCUGCAAAAAUAAAGACGUUAAAAGUGUAUCUCGUAUUAUCGCAAAAUGUUUGCGAGGAACUGUGUCGCACGUGUCGAAAAUGCGUUUAAUUACAUUUAACCGUGAUGCAUUUAAUUCCGCGUCCCGAAUGCCAUUAUUACGCCGCGUAAUUUCGUCGGCGGGACGAAACACGUAGGCGAAUGCGCAGACACGCAGACACGCGUUUUCUUAGGAAGCGGAUGGGAGUUGCCUUGGCGGGAAACGCCAGGGGAUACACCAGUAAUGGAUUACUUUUAAUUAAGUAAACACCCGGAUUACGUAUCGCCGUAUACCCUCGCGUCGCUCCAUUACCACGGAUUUUCCAAGAUGCUUUGUUCGCUACGCGAAGAUUGCAACCCCCUUUCUCAACGCUCUCGGGCACGUCUGCCACGUUCGAUGACUUUGUCGCACUACAUUCACCCGCGGUUUGCAUUUUCCCAGGCCCGAUUCUAACUUUCAUCGCGAUCAGAUUUUUACCAUCUUUUAUUUCUUUAUUUUCAAUUACCUAAAAUCCGGCAUCGAAAUCUCAGAGACUCAAUUUCAAUAAAAUGAAAAAAAAGUACAAUUUUGUUUAAAAUAAAAUGUUAAACUUUAUGUAUUGUUAAUUCAAUAUAUUUAAUUUAAUAUAUUUGUAAUUAACUUGAAGAGAAUGUUUUGAAAAUUUAGUUAAAAUCUUAAACUAUAAAAUCAUGUUUUAGAAUUAAUUUUAUAAGCAGCUUCCAAGUUAGAGAGGAUAGAAUUUCCAAGAAUUUAAGUAAAAUUUGUGAAAGCAUAUGUUAUUUGAAGGAAUAAUAUUUACAGUUUAUAUUUUAAAUCUAAUAUAUUAAUUUUAAUAAUUAAAGUACAUUUUUAUUUAAGUCAUAUAAAUUUUUUAUAUUAAUAUAUCUAAGAAAAAUCUUAUUUCGAAGAACAAAAUUUUAUUACGUAAUGAUCCAUAGUAACAAUAAAGAAUGAAAGCAAUGAAAAUUCUGUUUAAAGUAUAAUAAAGGUUCAUAUUUUAACAGCGAUCCUUUUCUGCAUGCCCUACAUUUUCAGGAUUUUGAUGGAUUAUUUUGAAAAAUGAAAAAUUCGCAACGUGGGCCCGAGAAAGUGCUUAUGUUUGUAAUAUGUUGCUAUCUAUAGGCGGCUCUGCUGGAAGUUAAUACUUGGGUCGACAUCGACGUCGUUGCCGUCAAGAUGACGGCGGAUGUUCAGAGGUGGAAAAUUUCAUGUGAGUUUUGCCACGCUAUUUUGGUUACAAAACUGUCGAUACGUUCGCCGAUAAUAUCACGAAUAUGUUAUUUUUGUUAUCUAUCGCACAAACGCUUUAACUUUUAGCAAAUUGCCAAAUAUUUUGAUUCCGCGACAAAAAUGCGUCUAUUAAAAUGAUAAUUUUUAUACUAUCUAAAAAAUAAUCAAUACAUUAUUAAUGGUCAAAGCUUUUCAUUUUGCCACUUUAUCGCCAAAUAAAAUUACUUUAUCUAAUCCUAUCUAAAAAAAGGCAUGUAAAGUCGAUUGCUUGCAUUUCUCCAAGUUUAUUGUUGUUUUUCCGCGAUGCCGAUUGGUUCUCUCGCUGCGCUUACUUCGUAUUGCAAGAGUAGCUGUCAUUGCGACUGAAUUUUGACAACUGUUAAAUUUGCGUAGAUAUUAUAUCUAUACAAUUAUCGUUAGCGAAUUAAAAUUUGCGUAGAUGUUCAGAAGAAAUCUUCCCUCCCACGGGUACGACCUUGUCGUGGUGGGAGGGCUUAGUACCCCGAGGGCUUGAAUGCCUAUGGGGGAAGCUAACUGUACCCAUUGCACUUAUUAGGUUUGUUUUCUAUUCCUGCACUGUUGCAUUAGUGCAAUAAGUAAGAAUGAGAAAAAUAUAUUUGUCUUAUUCUAACUUAUUUCACCAGUGCAGCAGUGCAGGAAUAAAAAACAAACCUAUUACGUCGUCGAUCGUAAAAUUGUGGUUCGUCGCGCCGCGUUAACGCGGUUCGGGAGUGCCGACCGAUUGAAUUGAAAACGAACCGUAGCCGGCUCGUCGCGUCGCGCGUUUGCUUCGGGAGUGCCGUUAACAAAAGGACUAAAAGGACUUUUCGCAUAACUCCCAUUAGAAUGAUUUGUUAGUUCGAGAGACUAUAAGCACUAAACAGCGAAUUCUUAAUUACGAUCUUAAUAUGAUUGUAAUUUUGUAUUCUUCUGCACAGUGCUUGACGUUUCGUGUUAUCCGCACUCGUCGACUCAAGGUGCUGAUUCCACGGAGCAUUCUCCGAACUGGAAAUCAUAUCGUGGGAGUUAUAAACGUGGGGUGACGCGCGAAAGACUUUUUGACAAUUAAUUAGUCCUCGCGCGAUUGUAACUUCAAUAAUCGCGAGUGUUUUUCGCGAGUGUCUCGUGACAAGAAAGGACAGCCUGUUCUGAGAGGAGGAGGAGGUCCAGGAAGGGCAUCAGGCCCCGGCAGAGCAACCUUGGGGUGAGUAUGAUUAUUAUUUGCAUAGAAUUAUUAGUUUUCUUUCUAUUCGGUUUUUCCUUGAUAAAUUAUAAAGAAGAUAACGUCAGGUAAAGUUUUACACAAUUUUAAUUUUAUAACCUUCUUUUCUUUCGAAAAAUAUUGAUUAUACGAUGAUUACAUAAAUAAUUGAAAAAAUAAAAAAUUUAACCAGUAACAAUUAUCUCUCAUCUUAAUAUUAAUAGUCGCGAGCUCUGUUUUAAUUUGAAUUUAAUUUUGAAUUACUUAAUAAACACAAGUACAGAGUUGCAAACCGUAUUUUUUUUUCAAUACUAAAUGUUCUUUCUGUCGUGCUUUAAUUUGGACUUCGCAUUUGUUUGUUACAGAAUCAUCGUAGCGACGUUGCUGAAUAUCUCUGCCGCUGCGCAUCGAUCGGUGAGUGAUGAAUAAACUUUUAAAUUUGGGGUAAUAGAUCUGUGACAAAAUUUUACUUCAAAUAUAAUGUAGAAAUGUUUGCUAUAAUGCAAUAAUAAAUAAUAUUUAAAUGUCAUACUUAUUUCAUGGAUCUAUUGCCUCAAAAUCAGCUGCCUCUGGAGGAGCUGCUUGAAAAAUGCAAGAGCGGAAAAACCGCAUUAAAUGUAUGACAAUUCGACUCAUUGUAAUGUAAAAAGUUCUAUUUUUAAUAAUUAUGUUUGUCGCGGUGCUGCACAUUCUAUUCAGCAUUUUAUUCCGAGAUAGUCGCGAAAUCAAUGCGCGUUUAAGAAUAGUGGAAGAAUGGCGAGCGUGGUAAGACGAAAACUCAGUUUGCGCACGAUUUACAUCCACUUGGCGAGUUUUUACGCAUCCAUCUUCGUUCGGAACGUCCGUCGUCGGAGAAUCGACGCAUUCUCCGUCCGCCGGCGGAAGGAGAAUGCAAUAUUCGCAACGAAGAAGUCGAAGAACUCUCGCGUUUCCUCACCAUUCUUUUCGAAACGCGAUUUGAUAUUUCGGAUAUUUUCCGCGCGCAGAAAUAACGCUCCCGACGCAAGUUGCGACCAACUUUCGUUUUGCGAGCUGGUUUAAAACUUUCGCCCGAAUCGUGCGUUUUCCGACAUGUCUACGAAAUCUCGCGCGCGAUUUGUUCCCUACGAAACACAUGGAGUGAGAAAGGAUGGAGAGAAAGGACGACAGCGAUUGUUCUCUCGACGCGAAUCUCCGUGCGGGCUUUGUUGUCGAUCUUUGGUGCAAUAUUAGCUUACGGAAAAGCUUCCCUACAGAACGUAAUAACGUAACAUCAAAGUUUUAGUUCUCGUCUCCUGUAGUCUCUCUCUCUCUCUCUCUCUCUCUCUCUCAGUUUUAAGCCUCUACGAUUCGAUCCUUCUUGCUGCUUUCACCUAUCCUAAUGCAUGAGGAGAGUUGCAAAGUUCCGCGGAACUCAUUUGAAUUUUUAUUCAAUCCAAAUGAAACAAAUAAUUAUCACGGCAAUAAGCCGCUGUGAAAUGCGUUUCGUGAAAGUUGAAAGUGCACAAGAGUACUUUUAUAGGCACCAUUCGCGUACGAAACGAUUUGAGCUUUCGCCUUUGAAUAAUCUCUCUCUCUCUCUCUCUCUCUCAUUUUCUCGCACGUUUUAAAACGAUUUCGGGCAUCGUUCUUUUCUUCUAUUUAUACCUUGAAAUGCCGAAUUGAUUAUUCUAUUCUGAUUACGCUUUGCCACGUGUCCGAGAUAAAAUGCAUUGAGUUAAUUGAGUCAAAGUUGCAUUCCAUUGGAAAAAAGGCUAAUACUUAAAAAAUCAUACAUUAUUUAACUUCUUAUGUAUAAUUAGUUAAUUUUCCUACGUUUUAUUCGAUCCUAGACAUAAGAUCUGCGUACACAAAUUCAGGUCGAGUUUUUUAUUAAGAAAUUCACAAUUUUCGAGUAAAUGCAAAAAAUUAAGAGUAAAGAAAAAAAACAAAUAUGAAUACAAAUCGAUAUUUCUAUUUAUAAAUUUAUAAUUUCAAUCGAUUAUCGAUUUAAAACAGUAAAAAAAAUAAAUUAUUCGUAUUGAGACGUAUUCGGCAAAGGUUCGCCAUCUCCUAAUUGUGAAUAACGUGUGCGCAUGGUCGACAUAGAUUCCUGUCUCACACGAAACCAGAAGAGGGAUGAAGGGGAAUGCGCUCUCCACAAAACCGCGCUGCAGCAGUUUCCGUCUCCAGUCAAGAUAAAUCUGACCGUAGUUAAUUGGAGGCGGGAGCGAACGCGCCCCCCUUUUUAUUUAGGUUUUUUUUUUUAACGUCGGAUUAAUGCUCGGCGCGGGGUAAACGACGCGUGUUUCUGCGUUAAUUUUAGGUUGAAAUCGUUAUGCCGCUGCGCCGACAACUCGUUGGAAGUACUGGGCACGCGUUGCGCGAUAGUUUUCAAUUAAUUGCGCGAUUUAGUGACCAGCGCGUUCGAUGAAUACCAGAUUCGUUGUUAGCGUGAUAUGAUCUUUCCGAAGCACGCGCCGAGGACACGCGUCACGCAUCGGUUAUCAUCCCUAUAUAUUAAAUCCCCAAUUUUUUAACGGCACAAUCUUGCGUCGUUUCAGCGCCACGAUGAGCUACCGCGCUGACAAUGAGUUAUUAUUUCCCAUUUCGUCUAAUAAAAUGAAAAUAAUAAAAUAUGGCAAUAUCCGUGAAACUUGGAAAAAUGCCUGGAAGGUAUAAAAUUUAAAAAGAUCGUGCGUAAGCCGCUCAUAUUUCUUUUGCUCAUUAAGGUGUCAACACUCGACGUCAGCGUUUUAGUUUCGUAAAAAUUCUUACGACUGCAAAGCAGAAUAUUUUCGAUGUAGAUUUCUUUAACACGCGAAUUUUCUAAGGAGAAGUAGAAACGUUGUUUCUCGUAAGUGGUCAUUUUGAAUUUACGAGAUCGCAAACUCGUGAACGAGACACGCACCAAUGUCCUGUAGAGGCUCGUAACGGGCUGACUAUACUAUAUAUUAUUUCACUUCCUCCGAUCUCUCAGCUAAGAACCCCUUAUCCUUAAUUAUUUCUUCCUUUCCUAGCAAUUUGUCGUAAUUCGACCAAUUAUAAUUAACGCCGAGUCUCUCGGUGGCGAACGGUGACAGUAAUAAUUACAGAAUGUACGACCUCGUAAUAAACGCAAGGAAUAGAAUAAAGAAGGAACGAGAAGAUGUCUUUGCGGAAAAUUUAUAAUUCGAAUAAUUCACAGAAAUGGCUUAAUAAGAUAAUUUGGAAAAUUACUAGAAAAAAGUAUAGUAUGAUUCGAUGCGGAAAGGUCUGUAGAGAAUGCGCUGGGAUGUGUUGUGCAGAAAAGCAAAACUCUUGAUCGUCAUCGCGAUUGAUAGUGGAGAACGCGACGGCCGAAGAAAGAUAUCGAAGGCACCCGUCGAGAGAACGGCGAAAAAAAAAAAAA